ACAAGAGAGUGAGGUGGUCACUGUUUUUUCCCCCAAAAGAGAGAGAGAGAGGGGCAUUUGUCACUCCAAAGUCCAACAGAGCUGAGCUGCGGUGGUUUGUGGCGGAGGAAGGUGGAGCAAAUUAGUGAUGGGCAUUUCACAGAGCAACAACAGAAGAAGAAAUCAUAACUGGAAUGCUUAUUAUUCCUACCCUUCUUCUUCUUACUCUUACUAUUCCUCUGACCUUCCUUACCACUCCCACCCCCCUCCCCCUUUCCCUUUUCCACCUCAUCUCCUCCCACCCCCACCCCCACCUUCCUACUCCUACCCCUCUACCUGCCACUGCACUAACCCUGUUGUGGGUAGGUCUGUUUUUACUCCAUAUCAUAACAAUGACUGGGCUGCUUCUUACCUGCCCCCUCCUCCUUCACAGGUGGUGGGGAUGGUGACCCCAUCACCCUAUGUUGAGACCCAACAAGCCAAGAAAGUUAAGAGUGGUGUAAAUGUGCAUAAAGAUUCGUUAAAGCUUGAGAUUGAUGAGCAGAACCCAGAUCACCAGUUGGUUUCUUUUGUCUUUGAUGCUCUAUUUGAUGGAAACAUCACAGUGUUUUAUUUUGUCAAGGAAGAGCCUCAUUGCAGAUUUGUUCCAAUAUAUCCCCAUGUCCAUGUACCUAUAACAGUUCCUUUUCAGAGAGGACUUGGACAGAAAUUUCACCAGCCUUCUGGGACGGGCAUUGACUUAAGGUUCUUUGAAAUGGACGGUCUUUCCGAACUAUCAUCAGAAGAUAGUGUGUUUCCCCUUGUAAUAACUGCUACAACCUGCCUUCCAUCUGUUUUAACAGAGGAUCAUAUAAGCGAUACUCAGCCUAAAACCUCCCUCCAUAUGCAAAUUAGUCAAGCUGUAUUGGGGAAGGAUAAUGAAGGGGCUUUCAGGGUCAGAAUCAUCAGGCAGAUUUUAUGGGUUGAUAAUGUUCGCUAUGAGCUGCAUGAGAUAUAUGGAAUUGGAAACUCUGGCCCAGACUAUGAAAACAAUGGCUCAGGCAAAGAAUGUGUAAUAUGCAUGACCGAACCCAAAGAUACAGCUGUGCUUCCAUGCCGCCAUAUGUGCAUGUGCAGUGGAUGUGCGAACACAUUGAGACUUCAGUCAAACAGAUGCCCAAUAUGUCGACAACCAUUUGAAGAGCUCUUAGAGAUCAAGAUUAACAAUGGUGAUAUCGAUGAGUGAGCAUUUUCUCGCAGAAACAAAGUAGCACUCCUAAUCUCAUCAUACGUGUCUUCUGUUUUCAAUUCGUAAAUGUGUCCCUAUAUAUUUGUAGAUCUUCAUAUGGCCAGUCAAUCGCUUUUGUUGGCCAACUAUUUUUUUCGUUCCUCGUGUUAUAUUGCAAUGUAAAUAUAAACCUAGGCCAAUGGUCCGGAUGAGUUUGUUUCACUGCACUGGAAGUAUGGUGCAUGAACACAUUCAUGUAUGUUUGAUCUCAUGACUAAAGUUUUAACAUUAUUGCUUACCUUUCCAAAUGUCCUA